AUGAACAUCAAUCUGUUCUUCCUAAGUGUCUUCUGUGCACUUGCUUAUGGCUGCGUUCCCCCUUUCAACGACUUCCGCAACCUCCACAAUGCGACACGUCUUUCGGUAGCUAUCGCUGAUUAUAAGGCCGAUCCUCAGCUAGGCUGGGCUACUCCUAUCGGAGGACCCAAUCACGCGAUUCAAGCAUGGCCUACAAAUAAAGACAAUCUAGUGUACAUUCCCUUCUGCUACCUUUUCGAUUAUGUUAAGCAGAAGAAUGCCCCAGUCUUCGAAAGAGCUUGGGAUCUGUGGUUUCGAAAAAUUGGCAAAGCCAGCAAAGUGGCUGGUCACCGCCUCGCCGGGUUUGAGGAGAUGAAAGACGCCAAUGGAAAUUCUAGGUUCUGUUACUCGAGCUUUGAAAAUGAUGUCUGGAACCCUGAUGUCCCAGAGGACGCACUCGUCAUCGAUUGGGACAUCUUGAGUGCCACAAGUUGGUCAUUUUGCGGUUAUACGCCCAAGAAUAUGCUUGAUAAGCGUGGUAGACACCAAAUGGUAAUUGGUUGGGAAUACACUCCACACUAUGAACGUUUCAAAGUAGUUCCAACCAUUGCCCAUGAGAUGGGACAUAUUUUUGGCCUUGCCCACGAACACCAACGUGCCGAUCGUGAUCUUUACGUCAAAUACCAAUGCGAGAAUCUAUACGGCUACCAAAUAGCGAAGAGCCAGCUUCCAAGCCAACCCGGCGUUACCAUGGACAUGCUUUGUAACGACGGAACGACUUGCCGAGAAGACCCCUGGUCUACGAUUGGCAUAAAUUGCGCCUCUGACUACGCCACUGCACAGUACAAAGACACCCUCGUCCUCGGCAAAGAUUAUGACGUUAGUUCUAUCAUGCAUUACUAUUCAAGACAAGCUGGCAACUGGAGGCAAGGCGAGGCCGUGACCAUACACAACUCCCCACUCAUCAAAUGGAAGAAUGGCGGAAAGGAUUUCACACCACCAUCGGUAGUCAAUGACGAGAAUGCCGAGAUAAUUGACUUUAGAUGGGGACGUGGACCGUCGGACGGCGAUCUUGAAGGCAUCAGAGCAAUGUAUCCGUGGAUUGGAUAA